GACGGAGUGGCAACGCCAUCCGUGCGCCCUUGCUGUUUACAAAAAUCACGGUCGACUUUUUCGGCAAUUUCAUUUAUCAGCGCAACAAGUAGCAAGAAAGCAGGAGAGUGGAGCCGGGUGAUCCUGAUCCCUUCCAGAAAUGCCGGACAUCAAGAUAACACCCCUGGGCGCCGGCCAGGAUGUGGGCCGCAGCUGUCUGCUGCUCUCGAUGGGCGGGAAGAACAUAAUGCUUGACUGCGGGAUGCAUAUGGGCUACAACGACGAGCGCCGCUUCCCGGACUUCUCCUACAUAGUGCCGGAGGGUCCGAUCACCAGCCACAUUGACUGUGUGAUCAUCUCGCACUUCCACCUGGAUCACUGCGGCGCCUUGCCCUACAUGUCAGAGAUUGUGGGCUACACCGGGCCCAUCUACAUGACGCAUCCGACCAAAGCCAUAGCGCCCAUCCUCCUGGAGGACAUGCGCAAGGUGGCCGUGGAGCGGAAGGGCGAGUCGAACUUCUUCACCACCCAGAUGAUCAAGGACUGCAUGAAGAAGGUGAUUCCCGUCACACUUCACCAGAGCAUGAUGGUGGACACGGACCUGGAGAUCAAAGCCUACUAUGCGGGCCAUGUCCUGGGCGCCGCCAUGUUCUGGAUCAAGGUGGGCUCCCAGAGCGUGGUCUACACGGGGGACUACAACAUGACUCCAGACAGGCAUCUGGGCGCCGCCUGGAUAGACAAGUGCCGGCCGGACUUGCUGAUCUCCGAGAGCACCUACGCCACUACCAUUAGGGACUCGAAGCGGUGUCGCGAGAGGGACUUCCUCAAGAAAGUCCAUGAGUGCGUAGCUAAGGGCGGCAAGGUUUUAAUCCCUGUUUUCGCCCUGGGUCGCGCACAGGAGCUGUGCAUCCUGCUGGAAACGUACUGGGAGCGCAUGAACCUCAAGUACCCUAUAUACUUUGCACUGGGUCUUACCGAGAAGGCCAACACCUACUACAAAAUGUUCAUCACCUGGACGAACCAGAAGAUCCGCAAGACCUUCGUUCACCGCAACAUGUUCGACUUCAAGCACAUCAAGCCCUUUGACAAGAACUACAUCGAUAAUCCGGGAGCGAUGGUGGUGUUCGCCACGCCAGGCAUGCUGCACGCAGGUCUUUCCCUGCAGAUCUUCAAGAAGUGGGCGCCGAACGAGAACAACAUGGUGAUUAUGCCCGGCUACUGUGUGCAAGGAACCGUGGGCAACAAGAUCCUCGGUGGCGCCAAGAAGGUGGAGUUCGAAAACCGCCAGGUGGUCGAGGUCAAAAUGGCCGUAGAGUACAUGAGCUUCUCGGCCCAUGCCGAUGCCAAAGGCAUCAUGCAGCUAAUUCAGAACUGUGAGCCAAAGAACGUCAUGCUAGUCCAUGGUGAAGCAGGGAAGAUGAAGUUCCUGCGCUCCAAGAUCAAAGACGAGUUCAACCUGGAAACCUACAUGCCGGCCAACGGCGAAACCUGUGUGAUUUCCACGCCUGUUAAGAUACCCGUAGAUGCAUCCGUUUCCCUGCUUAAAGCAGAGGCCCGCUCCUACAACGCCCAGCCACCGGAUCCCAAGAGACGGCGACUCAUCCAUGGCGUCCUCGUGAUGAAGGACAAUCGAAUAAUGUUGCAAAAUCUAACCGAUGCCCUGAAGGAAAUCGGAAUUAACCGACAUGUUAUGCGAUUUACGUCCAAGGUCAAGAUGGACGACUCCGGACCGGUCAUCCGCACAAGCGAAAGACUUAAGACUCUGCUCGAAGAAAAACUAACCGGCUGGACGGUGACGAUGCAGGAGAACGGCUCCAUAGCCAUCGAGUCCGUUGAGGUGAAGGUGGAGGAGGACGAGAAGGAUCCCAAGCAGAAGAACAUUUUGAUAUCGUGGACCAACCAGGACGAGGACAUUGGAGCCUACAUACUGAAUGUGCUGCAGAAUAUGUGCUAGGCAACGAAGAAGCAUCCCAUUGAAAACCCACGCCUUAAUUCCAUAGAUAAGCACAAAGUGUAGAUACCAAUUUCUGAAAGUUGAAAGAGUAUCAAAAUAUACAUAAAUGUUCCAAUAUUUGUUUGGGAGUA